UAUAUUAUUAGUUUUAGAAAGAUCGUAUUGUAUUUCAUUUUCCAUAUUUUCACACAUCUAUGCGGACCCCAAUCCCCAAAAAUAGGCCUAAACAACCAAUGGGGAACGUAAAAUAACGAUUUAUUUUUGUAGGUACUACAUUUUUACUGAAGUUUAGAAACAAGUGAGAAUAUCUUUUUUGUCUGUAAAGACGUUUUUUAUCUGUGGGUAAAUUUAAUACUUAUCUGUGGGACUUCACAUAUGUCAUGUAGAAAACAAGAAAGUUUUGCAAUUUCUGUAAAAUACUUAAAUAACAAGUAAAUUUGAUAAUUUGUUCUUAUCGAGUAAUCUUUUUAUUAAUCAUACUACUUAGAAUAAUUUGAUAUAAAUCCUUGGACAUAGCUAAAUUGGUGGAGAUAAUAAACGUUAAUAUUUAACAAGUUGAAAAGUUUGUCUUUCAAUUUGUGAUUUUGUAAAGAUCAUUCUAUGGAAUGGACAGUUUGCUAUCUGUGAAACAUCCAUUAGCUUUGUGUUGAGAGGUCGCGGCGGCGGGGUGAUGCGGCCAUGGCUUCGCGGCGCGUGACGCGCAAGUGGGAGGUGUUCGCGGGACGGAACCGAUUCUGGUGCGACGGCCGCCUCAUGACGGCGCCGCACCCCGGCGUGUUCCUGCUCACGCUCGCGCUCAUCUGCGGCACGUGCGCCCUGCACUUCGCCUUCGACUGCCCCUUCCUGGCCGUGCGCGUGUCGCCCGCCGUGCCCGCGGCCGGCGCCGCGCUGUGCGCGCUGACGCUGGCGGCGCUGCUGCGCACGGCGCUGUCCGACCCCGGCAUCAUCCCGCGCGCCGCCGCGGCCGAGGCGGCGGCGCUGGAGGCGGCCGAGGCGGGCCGGCCGCCGCCGCGCGCGCGCGAGGUCUUGGUGCGCGGCCGGCCCGUCAAGCUCAAGUACUGCUUCACGUGCAAGAUGUUCCGCCCGCCGCGCGCCAGCCACUGCUCGCUGUGCGACAACUGCGUGGAUCGCUUCGACCACCACUGUCCCUGGGUGGGCAACUGCGUGGGCAAGCGCAACUACCGCUACUUCUACACGUUCGUGGUGUCGCUGUCGUUCCUGGCGGUGUUCGUGUUCGCGUGCGCCGUGACGCACGUGGCGCUGCUGGCGCGCGGCGCGGGGCUGGGCCCGGCCCUGCGCAGCACGCCCGCGUCCGCCAUCGUGGCCGCCGUGUGCUUCCUGUCGUGGUCCGUGCUGGGGCUGGCCGGCUUCCACACGUACCUCGCCUCCACGGACCAGACCACCAAUGAAGACAUUAAGGGGUCGUUUUCAACACGCCGUGGCGUGUCAAAUCCGAACCCAUAUUCACGCGGCAACGCAUGUGCCAACUGCUGGCACGUACUGUGCGGGCCGCUGGCGCCAGCCUCAUAGACCGGUGAGUAGCUCGAGCAGCGCGGCGUCUUUACCAUCGACGUCAAGGACGAGCUGCCGCCGAGCUUCGCGCGAGCUCUCAGCGCCGCGCCCCCGUCGCCAAUCUGUUCGAGUGGCUCCCCGGUUCGCCACGCCUACAUGAAUCGCUCGCUGGAGCUAGAACCCCCGGGGCCCCUGCAGCCGGGGCCCCUGCAGGCUGCGCCGGGCGGGCUGAGCGCGUCGCGGCUGCGCCUGCUGCACGACACGACGAUGAUCGACGCGGCGCUGGACCUGGACGAGCCCGAGCCGCCGCCGCACCUGGCGCGCGGCCCGGCGCCGGCCGUGCACCUGGCGCCGGCCGUGCACCUGCCGCCGCGCGCGCUGGCGGCGCUCUGACCCGCGCGCCGGGGCCCGCGCCGGGUCCCUCGCCGGGUCCCGUGCCGGGGCCCGCGCCGCCGCCGCGCCCGCCGCCUUGUCUGCGGUCGCCCUCGCGUGCCCCGCGUCCGGACCCGACGCCUUCUGUGCUCUGUAAAUAAACUAUAAACUAUUAUAAAUAUUAUUAUAAUAAAUAGCUUGUAUUGUAGAGUUCUA